CAUCCACCCAGGCCGUGUGUCCCCCAGCCGCACUUACAUCCAACACUUCCGUCCAUCCAUGGCUGCGUCACGCCUCGCGCUUGUUUCGCCGCUCAUUGCGGCCCACAGCCGCAGCUCAUCCGAGCUCUCUCGCGCCUCCGACUUCUCCCGCCGCGCCUCGCCGCUCUGCAAGCCGCUCUCGCUCCCCGCGCUCUCCCCCGCGUGCCCUCGCUCCCUCUCUUCCCCAGCGAUCUCACCGCUUGUCACCGCACUACCGGUAGCAUCACCGGUAGCGCCGGCGCGCGGUGGAAAAAAGCGGGUCGUGGCGGGUGCGAGAGCAUCGGGCACCGAGUUGACGAGCAUGGAGGGCGGCGAUGGGAGCAAGGCGACGCGACGGGUGGUGGAGCACCUAGUGUACUUCCAGGUGAAGCCAGACACCCCCCCGUCCGCCAUAGCCGCCAUGGUCAACGGGCUCCGCGCCCUCGCCUCCUCCCCCGGCGUGCUCCUCCUCACUGUCGGCUCCGCCCUCCCCCUGCCCCCCGCCCUCGCCACCUCCGCGCCCGCGUCCCCCUGGACGCACGCGCUGCUGGGGCGGUACGAGUCCAGAGACGCCCUGCAGGCGUAUGCAACGUCGGAGGCGCAUGUGAAGGUGGUGGAGGGGCUGAUCAAGCCGAUUAUCAGCGACAUCCUGGCUGUUGACUGGGAGACAGAUGUCGAUGCCUCCCUGCCUGCUGCUGCUGCUGCUGCUGCUGCUCCUGCUCUCUCUCCCUCUCCUCCGCCCUUUUCAGUGAUCCAUUCUGUGGUGAUGGAGCUCGCCCCCUCGGCCGCCACCCCCGUUGCCACCUCCACCAUGGUAUCCGCCCUUAAAGCCCACGUGGGGGAGAUCCCAGGCCUGGAGGAGGUCUCCCUAGGGGAGAACUUCGCCCCUGCGCGCGCCAAGGGGUUCACGUGGGGCUUUGCGUCGUUCCACAGGGACGAGGCGGCCCUUAAAGCAUAUGCAGGGGAUGAAAGGCAUCAGAGGGUGAUGGGGGAGAGGGUGAUGCCGCUUGUGGCGAGGUUCAACUGGGUGGACUUUCGGGUGGACGAGGCGUUUGGAGAGGCCAGAACCAGACUGUGAAACGAUGCGGAUGGGAUGAGAGACACGGGAGGUCGAUGGGGGAGGUGGUGAUGCUGCUGCUGCUGCUGCUGCUGCUGCUGCUGCUACUGAUGCCAAACCAGGAGUCGGGUGAUGCACCUGGGGGCCAGCUUAACCUGGUGGACUUCCGAGUGGACGAGCCAUCUGGAGAGGCCAGAACACGGCUCUAGGGCUCAGGGACUGACUGAGUCAAUCAAGAGGACUAACUUGGCAUUAGUUUGUUGCCUUGAUAAUAUCUGGGAUGGUAUGUAUGGUAUCGUACGAUAGUCUGGAAUGUAUGGCCACUGGACUGGACCUGUUGGUUGGAAACGCACAGGCAGGAGCAACAAGAGCAUGUGCGUGCACUCCAGGACA